CGCGCAGGCCUCACUGGAGCCGCAGGUACAGGGCCCUGCUCAGCAACAGGCCCAGCAGCAGCAGCACGGGCAGCAGCUCCCGGCAGGCCCGGGCAGGAGGCACCUGGGGACCGAGAGAGGACAGUGAGGGCCCAAGAAGGAAACCUCCGGCACCCAAGAAAGCUGAACACUCAGAAUGUCAGUACCCACCCUGAGUGUUCCCGGAAAGCCCCAGCAGGGCGCAGCUCAUGGGCUUUGGCUUGGCCCACAUCCCACCCUGGUGACUCGGGAGCUCUGCCUGGAAGUCCCAGGCAGAUCCCCCUAACCCUGGCCACCUGCACCACCUGAUGACCUGUCUAUUCUCCUGGAGGGCGAGCUCCCACUUCUGUCCUGCCAACGUGAUGCAUCUGAGUAGCAGGAUCCCUAAGUUCAGGAUCUUGAUGACUAAUAAGAACCUUGGAGCAAGAGGAAACACCCAGAACCCUGGAGCUGAACUCCUGCCUGUGCGCUGGCAGUGGCUGUCCUCCAGCUUGCGGGAGGUGACUGAGGGCUGAGCCUCAGUGCCGCAUCAGUUCCCGGGAGACGGAUACACGCUGUCCUCCUGCUGACCGGACUUCUGUUAGGAGGGCGCAGGCUGUGGUCCUCACGACAGGGGAGGAAAAGGGUCCUGCCUUUCUGCCCCUGCUGGACUCCCUCCCAGGCCUCCUCCCCCUACCCUUCUGAUCUGCUAAGGUCACCAUCAGCCUCCCCCAGCAGCUCCCACAGCUGGAAAACCCAGGCACCUGCUGUCACUCUGUUGGGAUGGACACCUAUUUUUUGAAGUCUGCUGUUUCUCUGAGCAAUAAAAGCAAAUGAACGAGGAGUAGAUGACACUCCCACCUCGCAGGGACCCUGCCCCGGCUUCUGGGCCUUUUCUUCCACUACUGGGUCCUCUGAGUUUCUCAGUGCCUCGUCUUUGCUGAGGCUGAUAUUGAACUCGUGAUCCUCCUGCCUCAGCCUCCUGAGCCGCUGGGAUGACAGGCGUGUACCACGGCGCACAGCUCCAGGCCUUCUCUAAACCAUCCUCACAUGCAGUUUCACAACCUCCUCCCAGCUCCCCUGGCGGGGCUGCUCUUCAGCCCUUGGCCUGCUCAAGCACUCCCACUCCCAACCUAUGGUCCUCAAGCACCCUUCACUGUAAGCAUGGUUGAAUCCAUUAACAACUUGAACAUGACGCCAGCAGAUUGGGCUAAUAUGUGUAAAGCUGUGCUAAAUGGAGGACAAUACCUGUUAUGGAAGGUUGCCAAUGAGGAAUUUUGCAAGGAGACGGCUAGGCGAAAUGCAGCAGCUGGUUAUCCUCAGAGAAAUCUAGAUAUGUUGUUAGGAAAGGGACCUUAUGAGGAUCAGCAGCAACAAAUUGCAUAUGAUCCUAGUGUAUAUGCACAAAUUGCUGUAGAUGCAAUUAAGGCAUGGAAGACUUUACAAGGACAUGGAGGUUUACAAGGUCAAUUAUCUAAGGUAAUACAAGGAGCUAAUGAAUCUUAUGCUGAAUUUGUAGAUAGGCUUAUUCAAACAGCUACCAGAGCUUUUGGGAAUACAGAACAAGCAAUGCCAUUACUAAAACACCUGGCUUAUGAGCAAGCGAAUCGUUGGUGCAGAGAUAUCAUUAGACCAUGGAAACAUGAAGAUUUAAACACAUAUAUUAAAUUAUGUAGAGACAUUAAUGAACAAGAGCAAGUCGUGGCAGCUGCAGUAAAACAGGCUUUAGAUGCCAGAGACAUUAAUGAACAAGGGCAAAUUGUGGCAGCUGCAGUAAAACAGGCUUUAGAUGCCAGGCCAAGAACAUGCUACAAUUGUGAACAAACAGGACAUUUUAAAAGGAAUUGCCCCAUUGGAGGAGGGUUUAACAAAACUAGGUAUCAAAGGAGUAGAAUACCAGGUAUUUGCCCACAAUGCCGUAGAGGGAGACAUUGGGCUAAUGAAUGCCGUUCUCAAACCACCAUAGAGGGUACUCCAUUAUCAAAAAACGAACAAGGACCAGGUGUUUACCCACGAUAUCGUGGAGAAAGGCAUCAGGCUCCAUUGCCAAAAAAUGGACAGGGGGGCCCAAUGCUCCGGGGCCCAAAACCACAAAUAUACGGAGCACUGGAAGAACCCAGCAACCCCAUCAGGGUAGUGCCCAGGACACAUUGUCCAUCAGAUCCCUCAUCAGACAAACCAGAGGGAGCGCAGGGUUGGACAUCUGCACCUCCGCCAGAGCAGUAGUUACCCCUGAUCAAACUUUUACAUUUUUAGUACCCAAACAAUCAGCUCAAAAGGUAGAGCUUAAUGCAGUUUUACAAGCUUUUGUGAUGUUUAAAGAUUCUGUAUUUAAUUUAUUUUCUGAUA